AUGAGCAAGGACGAUCGCAGUCGCGAAGUAUUCGCUGUGGCUGCACUGUUCUUCGUGCUCACAUGGACGACGGUCUGCCUACGAGUUUAUGUGCGAGCAAUAUUGAUGAAGACAUGGGGAAAAGACGACUCGUUCAUGGUUGCGUCGCUAGCGGUCUUCACAGUGUACCUGCCAUGUCAGAUCGUCGCCGCGAUACAUGGUACUGGAAGGCAUCGAUGGGAUUUGAGCGACCAUGAUCGAAAGACUGCACUCAUGUUCUGGUACUUGUGUGAAAUCUUCUACGUCAUAGCAAACUGCCUGCUCAAGUUUGCUAUUGGCUAUUUCUACCUUAGGGUCGCCGUUGAACGCUGGCACAUCUGGUGCAUCAGAUUGCUAAUGCUAGGCACGGUACUAUGUGGUCUGAUUUACCUCUUUCUAGUCAUGCUUCAGUGUCUUCCCAUCUCUGCGUUUUGGCUGGAGCACCCAGCUUCAAGCAAGUGCAUUCCAAGAGGACCCACCUUAGGCAUUACCUACGCGCUUGCCGCAGUGAACGCACUCGCUGAUUGGGGAUUCGGGCUGCUCCCGUUCUUUAUUGUUUGGGGCCUAGAGAUGAGGCCGAAAACAAAGAUGCUGGUUGCAUCGAUCCUUGCAUUUGCAGCAAUCGGAAGCACCGGUACAGUCAUUCGCAUGGCUUACAUCCACACACUUGUGGAAGGCCCCGACUUCUUAUAUGCUACUACCGACGUUGCUCUAUGGAGCACCAUUGAACCAGGAAUCGGAAUAACAGCGGGGAGUAUCGCCACAUUUCGUCCGCUCGUCCGUCAUUGUCUUUGGAAGCUGGGUCUCGGCGAAGCACCUAGGCGCGGACGAGGUCGUAGUUACUACCCUUCUGUCAUCGGCCGGAAGCAAAAAGAUCGUCGCGGAUAUCGACGCAGCUUAAGUCCGUCUGACCUAGUGCCUACCGAGCAUGGAGGCAUGACUUCUAUACAGAUCCAUGGACCUGAAGAUAUAGACCUGGAGAACAAUAUCCCGCCGCCAAAGAUUGUUGUCACAGACGCGGAUCUGCCGCAACCCCCGGAAGGGCAAAUCGUACAUACCGUCUCGGUUCAGCAAGAAUACGAGGGUCCGCCAAAACUUCACCUCCGUGACAGCCUCAGGAACAGCUUCACUCGUGGGAGUAUUCUAAGCCUUGGAAAAUUCCGUAUACCCGAUUGA